AUAAACUUUUUGUAAACUUGGGUAAUCGAUGAAGGCAGUGAUCCUUUUCGCUAUUCUUGCUUUGGCUUAUUCCCUUGACAAUGGCUUGGCUUUAACUCCUCCUAUGGGUUGGAUGCAAUGGGAGCAGUUCCGCUGCAACGUGGACUGCAAGAACUACCCUAAGGACUGUAUUUCCGAACAGCUGUUUGUGGAUAUGAUCGACCGUCUUGCUGACGAUGGCUGGCUCGAGUAUGGUUAUGACAUGAUCAACAUUGAUGAUUGCUGGAUGACGCACGACCGUGAUGAAAACGGCCGUCUGUACCCUGAUCCCGAGCGUUUCCCCCACGGAAUCAAGUGGCUGGCUGACUAUGCCCAUUCCAAGGGUGUGAAGCUCGGAAUCUACAACGACUACGGUACCAAGACCUGCGGAGGCUACAUGGGCUCUGAGGGUUACUUGAUGCUCGAUGCCAAGACGUUCGCCGAAUGGGAGGUGGACUACCUGAAGAUGGACGGCUGCUACUCUCAGCUGAUCGAUCAGGCGGAUGCCUACCCCGCUAUGACUCGUUUCCUGAACGAAACGGGUCGCAAGAUCGUGUACUCUUGCUCGUGGCCUGCGUACGAUAUGGAGAUGGACUACGCUCCUCUGCCUCCCAACUGCAACCUGUGGCGCAACUGGGACGAUAUCGAGUGCAACUGGAGGUCCAUCAAGAGCAUCAUGGACAAGUUCGGUAAUGAGACGAAGUGGGCUGAGUACGCGGGUCCUGGUCACUGGAACGAUGCGGAUAUGAUCGUCGCGGGUCUGAAGGGCGGAUCGUUGACGGAGGACGAGUCGAAGUCGCAUUUCGCCAUCUGGUCCAUUCUGGCUUCUCCGCUCAUCAUGUCGAACGAUCUGCGCGAACUGCCCGAUUGGGCCGUGAAGAUCCUCCGCAACAAGGAGAUCAUCGCCGUCGAUCAGGAUAAGCUCGGCAAGCAGGGUAUCCGUUUGACUCCCUUCGAGGAGAACCGCUCUGUGUGGGCUCGUCCGCUCGCGAACGGAGACGUGGCCGUGGCUCUUCACAACCAUGGAGACAAGGUGGUCGAUAUUCCGCUGGACUUCGCGAUUCUCGGAGAGACGCAGAAGUACAGCAUCCGCGAUUUGUACGCUCAUGAAGAACUCGGAGUGUUCGAGGGAAGCUAUGUCGCCAAGGAAGUGCCUGUGCAUGGAGUGCAGAUGCUCAGAAUGAAGCCUGUGGCGUAAAAUGAAAGCUAAGGCUUGGUUGCUUGUG